CGCUGGGCCACCCGGCAGCGGCGUGCGGCUCGGGAGAGCAGCCUGGGUACCGCGCACGCGCCAGAAGGAGCGCGGAGUCGCAGAGGCUGCGGCAGGAUGGGUCCCUCGGGUUUGCUGCUGGCCCUAGGCCUGCACCUGGCGGUGUGCUCCCGUCCUCACCGGGACUACUGCGUGCUGGGCGCGGGUCCCGCGGGGCUCCAGAUGGCCGCCCUCCUGCAACGGGCCGGCAGGGACUACGAGGUGUUCGAACGCGAGUCCGUGCCCGGCAGCUUCUUUACGCGCUAUCCGCGCCACCGCAAGCUCAUCAGCAUCAACAAGCGGUACACGGGCAAGGCCAACUCCGAGUUCAACCUCCGCCACGACUGGAACUCGUUGCUCAGCGACGACCCACACCUGCUCUUCAGACACUACUCGCAGGCUUACUUCCCAGACGCCAGCGACAUGGUGCACUACCUGGGUGACUUCGCGAAGCGCCUGGGGCUCCACGUGCUAUACAACACAAACAUCACCCACGUGACUCUGGACAAGGAUCCACAAGCCUGGAACGGCCAUUACUUCAUUCUGACCGACCAGAAUGGCCAGGCUUACCGGUGCAGCGUCCUGCUGGUAGCCACUGGUUUGUCGGUCCCCAAACUGGUUGACUUCCCUGGCUCGGAACAUGUGGAAGGUUACGAGUCCGUAUCCGUGGACCCGAAAGACUUUGUGGGUCAGAAUGUGCUGAUCCUGGGCCGUGGGAACUCAGCCUUCGAGACAGCAGAGAACAUCUUGGGUGUCACAAACUUUGUCCACAUGCUGAGCCGCUCCCGGGUUCGGCUCUCCUGGGCCACCCACUAUGUUGGAGAUGUCAGAGCCAUCAACAAUGGCCUGCUGGACACCUACCAGCUGAAGUCACUAGACGGACUCCUGGAGUCGGACCUGGAGUACCUGGCCCUCGUGAAGGACAGCAAGGGCAAGUUCCAUAUCACCCUCAAGUUCUUCCUGGAGGAGAACAACAGCAGCCAGAGUGUGGACUCCAUUCCCCUCCCUGAGGAUGACAAUGACAACUUUGCCAUGCGGGUGGCCUAUGACCGUGUCAUCCGCUGCCUGGGCUGGAAGUUUGACUUCUCCAUUUUCAACCAGUCCCUCAGACUCUCCUCAGGGACUGAAUUCAGCAAGAAGUACCCACUGAUCAGAGCUAGCUAUGAGUCCAAAGGAAGCCGGGGUCUCUUUAUCCUUGGGACCGCCAGCCACUCUGUGGACUACCGGAAAUCUGCUGGCGGCUUCAUCCAUGGAUUCCGAUACACAGUGCGUGCUGUCCACCGGCUCCUGGAACAUCGGCACCAUGGCAUUGACUGGCCGUCCACAGAGUACCCCAUCACACAGCUGACCAGUUCCAUCAUCCGGCGUGUAAAUGAGGCUUCUGGGCUGUACCAGAUGUUCAGUGUGCUGGCUGACAUCAUCCUGUUGAAGGAGAACGCUACAGCAUUUGAGUACCUGGAAGAGUUUCCCAUGCAGAUGCUGGCCCAGCUGGAGUCGCUCACAGGGAGGACAGCACGCCAUGGGCUCUUCAUCAUCAACAUGGAAUAUGGCAAAAAUUUCUCUGGGCCUGAGAAGGAUGUCUUCUAUUACGACCGGUCCGUAGCACAUAUAGAAGAUGCCUGGCGUUCUAACUUCCUGCACCCUGUCAUCUACUAUUACAGACACCUUCCCACUGAGCAAGAUAUGCGGUUCCGGCCUGCACAGUGGCCCCUGCCUCGGCCCGUGGCCAUCCAUCACAUAGUGGAGGACUUCCUGACUGACUGGACAGCCCCAGUGGGGCACAUCCUCCCACUGAGGCGCUUCCUGGAAAACUGUCUGGACACAGAUCUGCGAAGCUUCUAUGCAGAAUCCUGUUUCCUGUUCACCCUCACACGCCAGAAGCUGCCCCCCUUUUGCCAGCAGGGGUACCUAAAGAUGCAGGGGCUUUCAAGCACCAAGAGCCUUUGGCAGCAUGGUGUGGAAAGCAGGCUCUUGCAGGACUACACAGCCAUGGAGGACAGCAGCAGUCGACUUGGUGACCACCCCUCGGCUCCGGGGUCUCUCACUCAGACCCUUGACAGCAACAAGGAGGAGCUCUGAACAUCCCCUCCCGGGCUAUGGAGGUAGUGCCUCCUCGGGGGCCCUUUCCCCAGGCUCUCUCCUACCUCUCAGGCUGCUCAGGACCAUCACAGAGAUAACAGACGACAAGACAGCCUAUAGAGUGCCGAAGGCUGGGACACAGCCACACAGUAGUGUCCCGUCCUGUGCUGGCCCCUGGGUGCUAGAUGCACAGUUAAGAGGAGGGUACCAUCUGUCAAGUAGGAGCUGCCUUCCACUGCCUGCUUGUGUCCAACUUAGAGCAUCACUAAGCACCACCCUGGUCUGGUGUGUCUGCUGCUAGGACCAAGCUCCUUUCCCCUCUGGUUCACUCUGCAGAUGGGCUUGGGUCUGCCUGGGCUCACAGCUGAAACCCCCUCAUUUCCAUAGCAGGCAUGUUAUAAGGAAAGCCCGAGGGCUUCAGCCGUGGGGUAGACGGUUGAGAUCUCUGCUUCCCAGUACAGCUAUGGACCCCGACUCAGAAGCAUCAAGCAUCUUCUAGGGUCCUCGUCCAGGAGGGCCUGCCCCCAUGGCGCUCUUUCUUUCCACGUCGUCUCACCCUCCCCGGCACUGGCCCUUGGUGGAACUCCAGUCAGGGUGGGGACAGUAAACGCCUACAAGGUCGUCUGCCCAGCCGACUUCUCAGGAGCAGGGCACCUCAGAACUGCCCUGUCCCCGAGAUCACACUCCCAGAGAUCAGCGGCCUCUGUGUCCCUCUCCCCCAUUGCUGUCUGGUAUCCUGAGCCCUGUCUUCCUUGAGACCUGCCUGGGCAGGUUUAUGGUAUUGUUGCGCCUGCUGCCUUGGGCGUGGAAAUGUUGACACUUGCCGGCCCCUGGCUGCCUUGAUGUUCCUUUCCUCUUUCUUACUUUCCUCACCAGAGUCCACAUUCAGCCCACAGAUUAGUCUCACUGAUGAAUAAGCCACGAGGAAAACAUGACCCACAAGGGCAGCCUGGUGAUCACGUGAUUUCCCAUAGCCCCAGAACGCAGGUACUGUUUCUCACCAGCCCCUCAGAUGCUCAGGGACCUGUCAACCCAAAGACCCUUCCUGAGAACGUCCUCUUCUCCAAAGAAGAGUCUUUUCUGGGUCCAAGCCCUCUUGGUCACCUGACCCGUCUGCAGCCACUUUCCUCCCUGGUGCUUACCAGGUUCUAACAGGGCAAUCCAACAAGUUCAUGUCACCAGGAGGAACUGUGUCCCCUGUACCUACUUGGGGUAGUUUGUACAGGGCCAGACCUCCCUAGCCCAGGAUGUCAGAGUCACACAGGUUGAUUGGCAAGUCAAACUGGGACCCUGCCAUCCCACCCUCGCUCACAAGGUAUUUUUAAGUGAGUCGUUGAUUUAAUGCUAUCCCAUGACAUCGAAUCCUGUUCCUCACAUCUUACCCUCUACUCACUGAGGCUGGCUGAGCCACUUGUUCGGUGCCUUAGCAAGUAGCUGGCUGACACCCUUGUAUAUGACAUCUGCUGCUUCCUGUCAUCUGCCAGAUCGUUGAUUCUGUCACAGUAUCAGGCAGCCUUGUUUGUUUUUAACACGAAGGAUUCUGUUCUUGCUCAGUUGGCUAGAGAUGAUUUCUACUUCCCCCACCCCACCCCCCGAGAGAGUUUCACCAUGUCCUGCCUGGCCUGGUACAUAUUACAUAGCCCAGCCUGCACUUGGAUUCAUGGUCAUUCUCCCGCCUCAGCCUUUCAGGAGUUGGGAUUACAAGCUCGAACCACAUGAGCUUUUUUAAGGUUUAUUCUUAAUUAUGUGUACUUGUAUGUGUCUGUUUGUGGGUAUGUGUACGUGAGCGCAGGUGCCCAGAGGUCAGAAGAGGAUGUCAGAGCCCCUUAACGCUGGAGUUAUGGGAGGGUAUGAGCAAGCCUAUGUGGAAGCUGAGAACUGAGCUCAGGUCCUCUAAAGAACAGUAAGUGCUGAGCCAGUUCCUCCUGCCCCAGAACUAUUUCAAAGAAAAGAUUAAAGAUAAAGCCAACUGGAUGGGGUACACACCAAUAUCCCAGCAAUAGGGUGGCCAAGGCAGGAAAAUGGAGGUUCAAGGCCAGCCUGGGCUACAUGCAAAGUUCCAGGAUAGUGUGGGCAACUGAACAAGAUCCUGUCUCAAAAAAGAAAUUUUAAAAAGGCAGAAAUAAACUGGGUGUGGUGUUACAUGCCUUAAUCUCAGCACUCCUAAGGCAUAGGCUGGAACAGUGCUUGUGAGUGAGUUCAAGGCCAGCCUGGUUGACCCAGCAAGUUCCAAGCCAAUAGAGCUACAGUAUGAAAUCCUGUCCCAAAAGUAAAUAAUUUUUUUGAAAAGCAUGAGCAAAAAUAGUUAUGGUGAAGGGACUGAUUGAAACGCGUGAGAAAUACUAAGCAACUGUUCAUGAUCAUCUCUUCUGUGGUGUAGAUAGAGAAGGGCUGGUGAGUCUGUGCCUCCACACGUGACACUGACCCAGGUGAGCUGGAACAGCAGCCGGGGCUGCUGAUAGCCGUGAAGAUAGGAACCACAGGAUGCCAGCAGUGGCUCUGCUGGGACUGGGGACGGGCUCUUUUUUCCUCUUUUGAUCAAAUUUGUGUUUAGUUUUCAAAUGUGAUUCUAUGCUACUGAAGUAAAAAUAUAUUUAUUUUUAAACCAUU